AGAGGAAGAAGAAGAAGAAGAAGAGAAGAGUAGAAGAAGAGAGGGGGAUCAGGAUAGACCGGAGGAGGAAGGGAAGAGAAGGAGAAGAAGAAGAAGAAAACAGCUGCUGUAGCUGUCAAUCAAACCGGAUCCAUUCCCAGCCAGGUGUGUUCAUGUGACGCCCCCUUUGCUCAGGUGAGACAAAGUACAUUUACUCUGUUUACUACACCUGUACAACAUGUACCCAGUACCUGCAGGUACUCACUACUUUACAGAGUACUUAAGAUAAGAAGUAUUUUAUUAGUGCCACAAUGGGGAAAUGUGCAAUAUAAACUUUAUAUGUGUGUGUGUGUGUGUCUACGUUUUUUGUUUGAGUUUGUGUGUGUGUGUGUGCGUGUGUGUACGUGUUUUUGCUUGUUUGAGUUUGUGUGGGUGUUUGGUUUGUGUGUGUGUGUGUGUUUGUGUGUUGUUUGUGACCAAUGUCUCCACAUUGAAGACACACCAUAUCAAACUGUCCCUCAUGUGGAACACGGAAGGAACCAUCCAGUGACUGAGACGAGAGUCCAGAAACAUAAAGACUUGGACAUGUUUCACUUUCAUGUCUUUACAACAACAUUUAACCGAGCAGAAAACACUCACAAACUUCCCGAAGCGCCUGAGCUCUCGCUCCAGAGCUUCAUUGGGAAUGGAGGGACGGAGGACAUGGUGAUCCGGGUAGAGGCCAGUGCCAGAGGGGAAACCUCCUCUGUGGUGAACCUGUUCUCCAUGAGACACAGUUCUGAUCUGUAAAGAAAACCACCAGAGCUUUUUUCAUCUAGAAGCAUAAGAAAUGUUCCUGUGUCCGACCUGCUCUCCCAGGGCCGACAGCACCUGUUCCACUGUGGAGCUGAGGCACCAUGACGCCAUGACACACGGGAAAUACACAGAAAAACUACACUAACAGAUGGAUGGAAUUCAAGAAAAUCGCAGCAGUGCCUCGUCCCAUUCACUUUCUGGCCAUGUUGAAGAUGAGACGAAGGAUGGAGACCAGCAGAGCACAAAGUCCCAGAAACACCAAAGACCAGCUGAGACUCCACGGACUGAGGAGGAACCAGACCACCAGGAGGCUCGGACCAGAGCACAGAAACCAGAAAGUCCUUCUGGUAAUCUAACACCAGGUAGAUCAGCUAGAACCAAACCAGAUCAACCAAAACCAGAUCCUUGUUCCACAGAGCAAAAAAACCCAGGAGAUUCUCCUGUAACAGAUGAACCAAAACCAGAUCCUCUUAAAUUACACUUGAAACAUUCUCGUACAGAAACACAGGAACCAGAAGACUCUCCACAUGAACCAAAUCCACAAAUACUACCUCCAACUACACCAGAUCAACAAAAACAAGAUCCUCAUCCCAAAGAGAAACACAACCUGGGAGAGUCUUCUGCAACAGAUGAACCAAAACCUGAUCAACCAAAAACAAUUCCAUCAAACCCAGACCCUCUUUGGCAAGAACAACCAAAAUCAGAUCACUCUCAGGACCAAACCCAGGUCCCCCCUGAGCCCACGAAGGAUUUAACUGUCUUCAGUAUAUCAUUCGAAAAACAAAACCAGAAGGAGCACAAGUCCAGAGACCAGCAGGACCCCCAUGAUUCUCCUCCUCCUCCUGUUAACGAUCAGACCCACCCCACCAAAGCGCCAACACUGGCUCCACACGUUACCAUUGAGGUGUUCUGCGACCAGGUGAGACCCCGUCCUCAGGAUUCUUCCUCAGGUGAGCCCAAAUUGUGCAGCUUCCUGCAGAAACAAGGGGGGCCCCUGAGGGCCUGGAAGGACCGGUGGUUCACAUAUGAAGACAAAAAGAACCAGCUGUUCUACUACCGAACGCCACAGGAUGUGAUGCCGCUUGGCCGAGUGGAGCUCAGUGAUGCUACCUUCACUUAUCCACUAAAGGCAGAGACAGGCACAUUCCACAUCAAGACACAUGAACGAACCUUCACACUCAAGGCGCAGACUCAGGAGCUGAUGCUCUAUUGGCUGCAGCAGCUGCAGGUGAAACGUUGGCAGCACAGACAGACGUCCUCCUGUCCAGACUCGACCAAUAACAACAACAAUACAGAUGACUUCCUGCCGGUGCGGAAGAGCCCUCUGGGUCUGGUGGGGAAGGAUGCCGCCAACGCUUCGUCACAACGAACGCAGCUCACAAAUGUGUCAAUCAAACAUCCGCUGAUCGAGCUGCAAAACUCGGUCCACAGUCUUCGUAAGAGAUCGUCUCAGGAGUGGAGUCAAAGUGUGUUUCAUGUAGAAGCUCCACCGUCGACCCCAAACCCUGCACACAUUAACACUACCGCAGGUCCAGUGUUCCCAUCAGAAAGUAGGGAAUCCUCGUCCCUGCCUGACAGUCGUAGCAGGGAGACGAACAAUCUCAGCUUGUCCACCAUGCCGGUCCUCCGCAGAGACACUCCAUCCUCGUCCUCAGACCGUACGUCCCACCAGAAGCAGAACAAACAGAUGCUGAUCGAGGAGGUCAAAGCUCAGAAGGAAUUAGUCUGGAUCCUCCAUAAAGCCUUGGAGGCGUCUCAGCUGGAGAAAAGAACCUGUGCAGAGUUUUUGGCGGCAGAGGGUGAGCAGAAACGUCUGGAGCUGCUUCGACACCGAGAGCGGCAGGUGGCUGACCUGCAAGGUCGACUGGAGGAGUCGAAGACGGAGGCGGAGGUAACGAGGAGGAGUCUGGCUCAGAGAGAUGUGCAGCUGGCUGAGCUGCAAGAUGACGUCAGGAUACUGAUGGACAAGAACAACGCCAAGCAGGAGGUGAUCAUUAAGCUGUCUGAUCAGGUGACCGUCUGUAUGUCCAACCCGCCGUGCUCCGCCUCGUCCUCUGGUGGCGGUCUAGACUCUCAGGCUUUCAAACAGCUUCAGCAGGAAAACGAGAACCUGAAGGACGAUAUUGAAGCGUAUAAAACCCAGAAUACAUUUCUAAACUCUGAGAUUUAUCAGCUGACGAAACUGUGGAGGAAAAGCUCAGAACAAGAGAAGAGUCUGAUGGUGAAGUGUGCCUACCUGGAGGCCAGUAACUGUCAGUUGGAGAGCCGUUACCUGGGUGUCCUCCAAAAGCUGCAGGAGACCAAAUCUCUGGAUCCGGUCCAACGUGGGGCCGUUCAGAAGAUGAUUGAGGACGCUCUGAAAGUAGAGCUGAAGAGCGACACCAAGAUCAACACCAACAGGGAACAGGAUGAGUACGGCUUUAAAAUUAUCCCCGACUACGAGCUGGACGAUAUGAAGCUGCUGGCAAAGAUCCAGGCGCUCGAAAUCCGAUCACACAACCUACUGCACCAGGAGGGGGUUGAGCGCCCCCUGCUGAGCCGCUGGGCUCAGUACCUGGCCGGCCGGUCACAUGACGACCUGUGUCCAUCUCCGGAGCUCAAAGGUCUUCUGCGUGGUGGUGUUCCUUACGAGUACCGACAGAGAUUGUGGCACUGGAUGGUCCAAGCCCGAACCAGAACAAUCAGAGACUGCCAGCCCCGACAUUACCAACAGCUGUGUGAGAAGAGUCACACAUCUUCUCAUCCAGCCUCCAGACAGAUCCAGCUGGACCUACACCGAACUUUGACGUCCAAUCAGCACUUCUCCUCACCCUCCAGCCCCGCCUUCCAGCAGCUUCGUCGCAUCUUAUUGGCCUUCUCCUGGCAGAACCCUGCUAUUGGCUACUGCCAGGGUCUCAAUAGGUUGGCUGCUAUCGCUCUGCUCGUGCUCCAGAGUGAAGAAGACGCCUUCUGGUGUCUGGUUUCUGUGGUGGAAACCAUCAUGCCUCAAGACUACUACACCAAGAACCUGGUGUCCUCUCAGGCAGACCAGCGGGUGUUCAAGGAUUUCCUGGCAGAGAAGCUUCCUCGCCUUGCGUCUCAUUUUGAUGACCACAGCGUCGAUGUGUCUCUGAUCACCUUCAACUGGUUCCUGGUGGUUUUUGUGGAGAGUCUGCCCAGUGACAUCCUGUUGCCGCUGUGGGAUGCCUUCCUGUAUGAGGGCACCAAGGUGAUCUUCAGGUAUGCUCUUGCUCUCUUCAAAUACAAAGAGGACGACAUCCUGAGGAUCCACGACAGUGUGGAGAUCUACCAGUACCUGCGCUUCUUCACCAAAACCAUCUCUGACAGCAGGAGGCUGACCAGCAUCGCCUUCAGCGACAUGAACCCGUUCCCUGGCCGCCUGCUGAGGAACCGGCGAGCACUUCACCUGGAGCGCCUGCAGGGGGAGCUGCGAGAGCUGGAGAAGCAGCAGAGGGAGUUCGUAACGGAGAUCAUCGAGCACAAAGACAAAGAACUGGACACCAUGGUGAGCGAGGAAGACGACGAACUGUGACCUCACGACUCAGCAUGCUAGCUCAACAUUACAAGAGUUUGACAUCACAGUCGUCAAGGUAACAAAGAUGAGGUUAGAACGUGUCAUUCCAACAGAAACAGUGAACAAAGCUGUUUAAGAUCUCAGUCAUAAAGAGUCACAAUCAAUACAAAUCAACAACUGGAACAAAUAUCAAUGAUUGAUUACAAACUGUUACAAUCAGCUGGUGACUAAAAGCAGCAGAGUUAAUAAAUGUCUGCACAGUAACUAAGUAGAUGAAAAACUUUAUCUGUUGAGUUCAGGUUAAAUGUUAGUUUUUUACUACAAUUGGUUCACAUUUUUAUAUAUAUAUAUUUUCUUUUUCUUCUGUUAUUGUUCCAUAAAUAUUCUGUCAUGUAAACUUUUGUUGUGGAUUUUCUUGAUGUUUGAAGUCAAUAAAAAGUCUUUUGAACUGGA